UAAAUGUUAGAUUUACUCUUAAUUAACAACAUUCAAAUGCAAUGAUUAUUUUAAUGAGUGACGUUGUGUCGUGUAUCGCAAAAUGUUAUGUCCAGCUAUUUCAUUAUGUAUAAUGUUUAUCAUGUUCUUUAGAGAAGUACUAUCUUUUGAAGUAGUGCUAUUGAAUGGAUCGGUGACAAUCGUGAACUUUGACAAAGCGUGUGAAAGUUGUGGAUACAAGAUAGGCGAUCCAAUAGGAACCGAGGAAGAUAUAUUCACAACAUCUAUCGCGACUACAAGUCGGGAAGUAAAUUCGUUAGGAGAAGUAUUGGAAGCAUUUUGUCCUUAUAUUGGAUAUCACCGAAAUGAAGAUACUUCCAAAGCAAACUCAACAGCGGCUGAAAUUUUAGUUGUUAGAGGACCUGAGGAGUCUUCUAAGCUAAAAAAUGGUUCGAAACCUUUUAAAAUAGAAACAAAAUCGACUAUAAAUUAUGAAACUUCUGAAGAUAAAAAUAUAACUGACUCCGAAAUUAAACCAGCUAUUAUACCUUUAUUAUAUAUUACAACGAAUACAACAAACAAAAUGAUUGAAUCGGAGCCAACGGACAAGAGUAAAGAAACUACUCCAUACAAAAUUGUCGAUAUUUCGUUCAUUGUUCAAAAUGCGACAGAAUCAAUAACUCCCGCUCUUGAAUUAGCAAGUGAGAAUGCAACCAAAAAUAAAAAUGGUACGGCAAUACCAGAUAUUUUUCCUUCUGAUACUGUAACAACAACUGUUGGUGAGACAAUUACCACACGUAUGGAAAAAUCGUUAGGCAUGAAACUCAAAGUAGUUGAAAACGUGACAGAAUCGAUGAAUAUUGAAAGUGAUAGUGCAUCAAGACAUAUUACUUUUCCGCCAGAAAUUUCUCCAAUAUCCAAAAAUUUUACAAUAUCUACAAUAUUACCUCAUAGUGAGUCAUCGACUAGGCCAAUGGAAAGAACAACAAAUACAAAACCGAAGUUUUUAAUUGAAAAUGUGACAGAGUUAAUAACUCUAAAAAUAGAUACUAACAUCACAAAUGAAAUCAAACUUGAAUCUACUACAGAGAUCUCAAAAAAGGAAGUUGCAAUUUCAGAAGAUAGUGACUCAAAAAGUUCAACAGGAUAUUAUGAUAAGGAAACAUCAACAAUAAAAUUAUUGUUUGAAACAUUAAAUACCGAAUCUAUUUUAGUGCUUCCUAUAGAUAUGAUCGAUAAAACAAGUGUCAACCCUAUCAACUCUAAAAAUAAAGAUAUCAUGGAAAAUGUCACAUCAACAACAAUUUCUAUUGAUCCAACUACAAAAAUUGAAUCCAAUGUACAAGAAGUUACAAAAAGUAAAUAUGAUGCUACUAUUGGAAAUAAAGCAACUGUAACUCCAGUUAUUGAAUAUAUUGUAACAGUUUACGAAAAUAAUACUAUUACUGAGUCUGAUCAUGAUGUAGAUCUAACAAUUGAUUACCUUUUAACAAACAAUGCCACGGAGUCGACAAAUAUUACUGAUGAUGAUGACUAUGAUGACGAGGACGGUGAUAAUGAUGAUACAGAUGAAGCAAAAGAGUCAAGUAGCACCAUCGCCAAUGGAAGAAUGAUAUACAAACACGACCCAAAAUCAGUAGACGAGCGUCGGAUAGUAAUUGUAAUUUUGUUUGUGUCGAUCCUCCUGGCUAUGAUCGUGAUAUGGACUAGCAAAGUCCUUUAUCGGAAACACAAAGGAGAGUAUGUUUUGCCUCGAAACGCGCGUAAUGAAAACAUCGAACUCGGAGAUAAUUCCAUUUAAUAAAUACAAUAUUAUGAAAUUAUUUUACAGAGAUCGCAAUUUGAUAACACUUACAAUUGAUUUUAGUAAAGUAAAUAUAUUUUCAUUUAAUAAC